AUGUCGCAAUCCCUCCGCCCCUACCUCCAGUGCGUGCGGAGCAGUCUCACGGCCGCUCUCUGCCUGUGCAACUUCGCAUCGCAGACAUCGGAACGUCACAAUGUCCCCGAGAUUGAGGCUCAGACCUCCCCCGAAGUCCUCUUGAACCCACUGGUUAUCGCGCGAAACGAAAACGAGAGAGUGCUCAUCGAGCCCAGCGUCAACAGUGUGCGGAUAAGCAUCAAGAUCAAGCAGGCAGACGAAAUUGAGAACAUCCUGGGAUACGACAUCUCCUUCCUCAUCACCAACUUCCAUACCGAGGAGAUGUUGAAGCACAAGCUAGUGGACUUUAUUAUUCAGUUCAUGGAGGAGGUCGACAAGGAAAUUUCCGAGAUGAAACUAUUCCUAAACGCAAGAGCAAGAUUCGUGGCCGAGUCUUUCCUGACACCUUUCGACUAA